UUGAAAAAAAAAAAAAAAAAAGGAGAAAAGCCAGUAAAAAGCCAAGACAGAGAACCAAAACCAGAGCUGAAGGCGGAGGAGGGAAGAAAGAGUAACGAGAGAGCUUCCUUCUCUGUUAUUGAGUUGGGGUCUGGAGGAUUCUUCUUCUGCUCCUUGCUCCCCAACAAUCUAACUUCCAUGACUUCCGUUGUGGAUUUCUUGCAUAUGAAUCGCUUCGAUAUCGUCCAGAUUUAUCGUCAAUACUGUGAUAUUCGAUCUCAAAAUGGCCUUUAUCAUGGGAAUGAAGACUCUGGACAUGUUGAAUCACAAAUAGCUAAAAGUUCAAAGCAGGCUCUUGCAGAACUCUUCCUUUAUGUGAAAUCAUCGCUGCAGAUGGGGAACUCAAUUGUUGAUGAACUAGCGAAGGUGAUGUCACAUCCAAACUUGAUGGUAGACUUCUCUGAAUUUUCACGCUUUUACGAGUUUGUUUUUUUUGUGAGCCGUGAAAAUGGUCAAAAGAAUAUCACUGUUGGUAGGGCAGUUAGAGCAUGGAGAUUAGUUUUGGAUGGGAGAUUUCGGUUACUUAAUCAAUGGUGUGACUUUGUUGAGAACAAUCAGCGACACAAUAUAUCUGAGGAUACUUGGCUGCAAGUCUUGGCUUUCAGCUGUUGUGUACAUGAAAAUCUGGAAGGGUAUGACCCGGAAGGUGCUUGGCCUGUCCUAAUUGAUGACUUCGUCGAGCACAUGUACAGGCGGUCAGGAUCUAAUAAAAUUUCGAAGUUAUAUUGUACUUGUGGAGACUCAGAAUCACAGUCUGGUGUCUUUGAAGAUUCUCUUCCUGGAUUAAAGUCUUUCCCUGGUUUGAAGAGGAAAUUACCCGAGGACAUGCAAGUGGACGACAUUAUGUCUCUGAGUGAUCCUAGAACCGGCUCCAUGGAGUUAAUUCCUGUUACGAGCCUCAAGAAAACUAGAUUCAUGGGUUGCAGGCCAGUGAACUUGGAGGUAAACUUACCGUCAUGCACUGCAGAUGAGAACAUAGAUAUGGUUCGACAUAACGGUGCAGUAGGCUGCAAAUCUCCUUGUGCUAUUGAAGGUUUUCUGUCAAAAGGUUUUGCUGGGCUUUUCUCGACACGUUCAAUCCUAGGAUUGGAUCGAGAAAGGAAAGCGUCAUUCAUGUGAUCAUGUCCGAUUUAGCUCUAAUGAUUUUUAAAGCAAACUAAAUUCAUAAACCCAGAUAGAAGAAACGAGCUUUUAAUUUCAAUAGUUCAUAGGGGAAACAGAAAACUAGUGGGGAUUGUUUAAAGUAGUAGAUUUGAAGUUGUAAGAUGGACCAAAAAUAUCACAAGGGAAAAGGACGGCUUGGAAUUUGCAUCUUGUUACGAGGGGGCAGUCGACAAUAUGAAUGGAAGAUGCUGCAGUGUAUUGGAAGCAAAGGAAGAUGUUGGAGAGCAGAGGGAUGCGUUUGUAUGACUUGCAUUCCACUUGUGGAGUGUGCCCCGUCGCAGCUUUAAUGGCAUCACUUAUGUUCUCUAACCCAUACACCUCUCCAAAUGGAAAUAUCGCUGCAUCAAAAACAACCAUUCAUCAGCAUUGCCUUCUCCAAGUUAGUAUCAUUACUUUUUUUUUUUUUUCGGAAACACACACCUCUGUUUGCUAGGAUAUUGAAGAGAUCAUAAGUUUGCUUAAGCUUGAGUGCAGUUUCAAAGAAAGCAUGCUGAGUGAGCAAUGGUUCAGAACAAAUUCCAUGCCUUUCCCAUUCUUUCUUCCAUAUCUUCUCAUUCUCCUCCUCCUCAAGAGAUGGCCAUUCUUUAUCUAACUCAUUUUUCAGAUCCGACAUCUGUAAAAACCCAUUUACAGAACAAUACAUCAUAUAAUCCAUAUGAAUCAUCAAACCCUCUCUAUAUCUCUACAGAAAAGUACCUUUGAAGGGUCAAAAGUGGUUCUAGUUUUGCAAUUGGUAAUCCCAGAAGAACAAGCAGGCCAGAAGCCAGAAAUGCUGAAAGUGGGUGUUGCUGGUUUUUUACAAGGCUUCAAAUUGCAUAGAGAAAUCUGCCACUGAUGCUUACCAUCAAAUAGCCAGAAAUUAGAAGAGAGAUCGUGAGAUUACCAAAUGGGAACAAACAAAAUUUGAUUACCUGUUGAACAAGGUAAAAGAAGUCGGAGUUUCCACUGCCUUCUGAGACCGGCUGGACAGGUAAACAAAAGGGGAAUGUCAAUUUCAUCAACUCUGAAUGGAAAGUAUAAACAAUUUAGUUUCAAUACUCAAUAAUUACCUGUGAAGAGUUAUAUGA